AUGAUUAAUGCAUACAUCAUCGUCUUCAUAGUUCUCAGCGUACUUGUCUUAAUUGGGAUGAUUAUAUGUGUUUUGGUUGCAAGGGUUCAUGAGGCCAAGAAAGUUCGGAAUUUGGCUGUUCUGGCCGGAGGUGGUGCCGCCGUCGCCGGCGUGGCGGCGGCCGCCACGGCAUCGGAGAGUGGCAUUGAUGGGCGGCGCGUUGCUGAAGUGGCGGUGGAAAUAACGGAUACGGUGGUUCAAUCCAUUGCCCAGGGCCCCCAAGGUUGUUGCUGUGGUGCUGCGGGUACUUGUGGGGGUGGCGGUGGCUGCGGCGGCGGCGGAGGUUGUGGCGGUGGCUGUGGCGGCGGAGGCGGAGGUUGUGGCGGCGGCGGCGGAGAGAAGUUUAUGGCCCCCAAGGUUGUUGCUGUGGUGCUGCGGGUACUUGUGGGGGUGGCGGUGGCUGCGGCGGCGGCGGAGGUUGUGGCGGUGGCUGUGGCGGCGGAGGCGGAGGUUGUGGCGGCGGCGGCGGAGGUUAGGGCGAAUGGGAAAGGUGUAGUGUGUGUGUUAUUGCGGUGGUUCUAUUCAUGA